AUGGGUUACAGUUGUGUCAUCUUCCCCGUGUCGACGCUUCGUUCUGCGAUGAAGGGCGUGGAGGAGUGCUUGGACGUGCUAGAGGGUUCGAGCGGCACGGUAGAACCCUUCUUGCCACGCAUGUUCUCCAGGCAAAGCCUCUACGAUUCGCGGCGGGGCUACACACCAUUAUCGCGCGUUUGGAUUUGACCAUGAGUUGAAAUAGAAGUGGUUGAGAAGAAAUCUUGAAUGUUAUCUUUCCAGCCAACAACUCCUCGUUCUAGCUCUUGUGACGCUGAAGGUACCCUCAGCUCUAAUAUACGGCGAAGAAUGGGUCUAUCCGGAUACGACAACGAAGAGGAAAAAAAGCAAAUUACUUCUUCAAAAAAACUUUGCAUGGAUGUUCGUUGUCAUUUCAACGAUUUUGCUGAAAAAUGUUGAUCUUUUCAUCGUAUUUUUUUUCAAGUAGACGGGCAGACACACUGGUAGUGAAUAUUCUUCAAGUUGGUUCUGCAGCAC